AUGGAUUUGAUGCUGUUUGGAUGGGAGAAGACUGCUGAAACAGCUCUGUCCAUUGAGGAAGUUUCUAAAGCUACAGGGGAGCUUCAGCUGCUCCUGACUAUCCUGAGUUUCGUGGCUGAAACCAUGGAUAUUUUCAUUUCUCUCUGGGUUUGGAGGAUAAUACUUUUUGCCAUGGAUGCACACAGUGCUGGAGUCUGUGGGUUACGGCAGAAUAGAUCAGUCAAGUCAAUGGCAAAAUCAUCAUCGUUGCGAAUAGUCGGCGGAUUGUCUUCUGCAGAGACCGGGGACUGGCCGUGGCAAGCUAGUUUGCAGUACAAUAAUAUCCAUCGCUGUGGUGCAACACUCAUCAGCGAUACGUGGCUUGUAUCUGCAGCUCACUGCUUCAGAGACAUGAGUCACCCUCGGAAGUGGACUGCUACUUUUGGAGCUCUUUUGAAGCCACCAAGCUUGAAACGAUCAGUCAAGAUUAUUAUUAUUCAUGAAAAGUACCGCUACCCAGAACAUGAUUAUGACAUCGCACUUGUGCAGCUCUCUAAACGAGUUGAGUUUACAAGUAACAUACACCGCGUUUGUCUGCCUGAGCCAUCUCAGACUUUUCCGUACAAUAUUUAUGCUGUCAUCACAGGCUGGGGAGCACUUACCAAUGACGGUCCAACUCCAAACGCUCUUCAGGAAGCAACAGUGAAACUUAUCAACUCAAACACUUGCAACAGAAAAGAAGUGUACGAUGGGGACAUAACACCCAGGAUGUUGUGUGCUGGAUACUUGGAAGGAGGAGUAGAUGCUUGUCAGGGGGACUCUGGGGGACCACUGGUUACUCCAGACUCUAGACUGAUGUGGUACCUCGUGGGAAUAGUGAGCUGGGGAGACGAAUGUGCCAAACCAAAUAAACCUGGAGUUUACACACGAGUGACUUAUUUCCGCGACUGGAUUACCUCAAAAACUGGCAUCUAA